AGCAAAUGUCAGUUUUUUAAAUUCUGCCAGCCCUAUUGUGUAUUUUAUGGCGAAACUGCAGUUUUUAUAAUUUUGCGCGUUUUAUUGCUUAUUUUUAUUUCUUUGCGUGGUCAUGGAAGACGAAUUAGAAGAUAGAGUGUUACAUCAAACUUAUUUAUCAUUUAUGAAAAUUUUGUCACGCUUUAGUAGCAGCGUAGCUUUUGACACCCCGACGAGCUAUUUAUGGAAAAUGGUGCGACUUUAUUUAUUACGAUCUGAAGUUUUAGUUUUUACAUUGGGAGUAGUAGUCUGCUUUAUGUAUUUACAAACUAUCGGACUAUGGAGUCGAUCUUUACUCAGCAGAUUAUCCCAUGCAGUAAAUCCUAUAAGUGCAGUGCAACGGAUGAAGUUGAUGGAGGGAUCGGACGCCGAUAAACAGAGCUGGGAACUUAAAGGGUCGCUUAGUGCUGUUUAUGCUAUAAAAGGCAGAAGGAUGCACAUGGAGGACAAGUUUAUAAUAAAUGAAAAUAUAAACAAUACAGGCAUAUCGCUGUUUGCUAUAUUUGAUGGACAUGGUGGUGAGUUUGCCGCCAACUAUGCUAAAGAUCAUCUAAUUCAGAACUUGUAUAAUAAAGUUGUGGAGCUAAAUGCUUAUAAAGAGGGUAAGCUUCCCGAGAUACCAAAAAUUGAAACACCAGAUGAAAUAAAAAAAGAAGAUAAAGAAAAUACUGUUAAUGUAGAAAGGAAGAGCAGCUUUAAGAAGUCUAUUAGUACUGCUGAUGACACCUCUAAAAAGGAGAUAACUGACCCACAGCUAUUAGCUCAACUGAACAAAGCCAGGCCUAUAACAAGAGAAGUAAGACCAAUCAAACCAAUCAAGAAUAUUUCAGUUCCAUUGUCUAGCUAUAUUGAUAAAGGUAAAAUCAAUUAUGGCAAGUUGUUAACUGACGAAGUUUUGGCUGCAGAUCGACUACUUGUAGAAGCUGCAAAGCGUUCAAUGAAUGUUGCUGGCACAACAGCCCUUAUAGCUAUUUUAGAAGACAACCAUCUCAUUGUUGCUAAUGUUGGUGACUCAAGAGGUGUGAUGUGUGACUCCCGUGGGAAUGCCAUACCAGUCUCUUUUGACCAUAAACCGCAGCAGGUUCGAGAGCAGAAACGCAUAGAAGCUGCUGGAGGUUACAUUGCAUUUAAUGGAGUUUGGAGGGUAGCCGGAAUAUUAGCGACGUCUCGAGCGAUGGGCGACUACCCUCUAAAAGAUAAAAACUUUGUUAUUGCCGAUCCAGAUAUAUUAACAUUUAAUUUAGAAGACCAUAAGCCUAUGUUCUUAGUUCUUGCAUCUGAUGGCUUAUGGGAUACAUUUACAAACGAAGAAGCCGUGAAAUUUAUAAAAGAGAGGUUGGACGAACCUGAUUUUGGUGCCAAAAGCCUUACACUACAGGCAUAUUACAGAGGAUCUGUUGACAACAUCACAGUAUUAGUGAUUAACUUUUUGGUUGAAAGAUUUUCAACAGCAAACUUAGUACAUUAAGAAAUUAGCCAUGUGAAUGAAGUGUUUUGAUAAGACAACUGGUGAUUGGUUGAACUUAUUAUCUCGCAUGAUAAAGAAGAAUGGCAAGAUGUUGUAGAUUCCUAUUUACACAUCAAUUUCUUGCUUUAUACAAAUGAAAAUCGAAUCUUAGUUAUAAUAUAGAUCAAUGAUGUACUGCAUAGCAGAUGCUCUGGUCGUAAUAAUCAAUCCGGUUUUUGAAAGAUUUUUGACUCUAAUUCUUCGUAAUAUUUGUCCAUGUAGUACCGGAAAUUAAAAAGAAACUUAUUUUUAAAGAUAUAUCAUUAUGAAUGUGUAAUUAUUACCCAGUUUUAAAAUAUGUAUGGUUGUGAUUGUGAAAAUAUUACUGUUGUGGGUGGUUUUAAAAAGGAUAUUAAUGUUAUUAUAGUAAAUAAUGGUUGGUUUCCUUCAUAGUUUUGUCACUGUGACGUAGUUUUGUUAUUACAUUAGUAAAGUGUAAAAGUAUGCAAUCUAACUAAGAAAAGGAAAAGGAAGAAACAAAUUAAUAUCCCAAAUCCAGAACGUUUGUAUUUAAAUUUCACGUAUUGACAUGAAUAAAAAAAAGACAUUUGACAUAAAAGUGAUUCACAGUUCACAGUCCCAAUCUUAGUUAGAUAGCAUUAUAAGUAGCCCUAUUUUGCCAUUAAACUAAUCUUAUAAUCAUCAAAAAACAUCACUAGAUGUUAAAUUACUUAUUGGAACAGUUUUGUUAUUGUAGCAGUCUUGCAUUUUGUAUGUAAACUUGACACACUGAUCCCACAAAUUGCUACUACUAUGUAUGUCUGUUCUGUAUCAAUAUGUGAGAUCAGUUUUUCCUCGUCUUACCAUGGUAAGUUCGCCGAAGUAAAGUUUUUCAAUUUAAUAUGCAGUACAAUUCUAAAACGUGCAUGUUUUCCAAGCGGAAAAUUCGUAUUUUUUUUCAAACUUUCUUUGGCAAAUAUUUAGUGUGUAAUGUCGUCUUAUUGUAUGUCCAAUUUUUAAUUUGUGCGUUCAGUAGUUUUUGACAAAAUCGAGAAAAAUGGUUUCCACAGUGUAGAAAACUUCGGGAGUCAUUUGACGCAC